AUGUCGUCGACGUACUUGGCUUUGAUUGUCGUGACGGCGGGCAUCGCCUCGCACCUGUUAUACUUCAAGAGAGGCGAACACUGGUUAUACCCUACUCGAUAUAUUCAAGCAUUCCUUCUCGGAUGCGCUCUCAUAACCAUUGCACAGACCCAUUAUUACAAUAGUCCCCUGAAGAAUGCCAUCUCAUUCACCGCACAGCAUGCGUCACUCUACCUUGCCGGCCUGUACAGCAGCCUCAUUAUCUACCGCCUCUUCUUCAAUCCGUUGAACAAAAUUCCCGGACCCUAUUGGGCUCGCCUCUCUCGCUUCUACCUUAGCUUCCAGGUUGGCGGCGCAAAGAAUCUCAACCACUACCUGCUCGCGCAACAUCAAAAGUACGGCAGGUUUGUCCGGCUUGACCCAUACGGCAUUUCUGUGACGCAUCCGGACGGCGUGGAAGUGACCCUGGGCCCGAAGACGAAAUGCACCAAGAGCGAGUGGUAUGACGCGGAUUUGCCUAGGAUGUCCUUGCACACGACCAGGAAUAGGGGGGUGCAUGACCGGAGACGGAGGAUUUGGAGCCCUGCUUUCAGCGACAAGGCGUUGAGAGGAUAUGAGAACCGGGUGCAGAGGUACAAUGACCUCCUGAUUCGAAAAUUGGAAGAGUCACACGGCCAACCAAUGGACAUGUCAAAAUGGUUCAACCUCUACUCCUUCGAUGUAAUGGGCGACCUCGCCUUUGGAGCCUCUUACGGUUGCCUCGAAUCUGGCGAGAUGCAUUGGGCCAUCAAAUUGCUGAACGAUGGAAUGGACAUGCUUGGUGUCCAGUUGCCUAACUGGCUCUUUCGAUUGCUGAUCGCCAUCCCAGGCGCGGCAGCGGAUCACUUUCGCUUCUUGAACUACUGCUCCGAGCAACUCGAGAAUCGGAUGAAGAUGCAAGGCAAAUUGGCGGAUCCCGAUAUCAGUCACACCUUGAUUGAGCAUUUCAACGCGUCGGAUCCUGAGAGCCAGAAUGCCCAAUUGCCCAUGUUGCAUGGCGAUAGUCGCCUUAUCAUCGUUGCCGGUUCCGACACCACAGCCGCUACACUCGUGCAUCUAUUCUACCACAUCGCCACGCAAGAAGGCCUCCUCGACCGACUCAGAAAAGAACUCGACAGCCUCGUCAAGCCGGGUGAGAAGAUCGAGCAUGUCAAGAUUCAAGAAGCGCCAAUUCUGAACGGCAGCAUCAACGAGACGUUGAGGCUCAAUCCACCUGUUCCCAGCGGUGUAUUCAGAGAGAUGCCCGAUGAGGGUGUAGACAUCGGAGGGGUGCAUAUCCCCGGAAAUACGGUGGUUCAGAUGCCGAUGUAUGCUAUGGCGAGAGAUCCAGAGUUGUACCCCGACCCACUCGCUUUCAUCCCCGAACGCCACGGCUCUCGCUCUGCAGAAUUGAUGCCUUACAAAAACAAGGAGGUCUUUCACCCGUUCAGCACUGGCCCCAUGAGCUGCAUAGGCAAGAACCUGGCAUACUUGGAGAUCCGUCUUCUGACCACAAAUAUCAUUCGAGACUUCAAUGUGAGACUUGCCGAGGGCGAGACUGGGGAGAAGCUCUUGAACGGCACGAAGGAUCAUUUCACGCUCGGGCUCGGACCGUUGCAGCUGUGUUUUGAGCCUAGGAAGGCGUGA